AUGCGUCUGUUGAACAUCUUCGCUAUGACAGCGCCCCUUCUGGGUGCCGAUGUCCAUGCUGAAAUCGCAAAGCUCCCGCUCCCCAAGAGCUGCAGCGGCGUCCCCAAAAUGCGCUACCAAUACACCGUCAACGCCGCCUGGACUGUCAUGAAGAUCGCCGGCAGCUUGAAGCAAGUACGAACCAUCAUCUGGGACACCGAAGGCAACAUGCUCGUCCAGCAAAACACCAGGGGCAUUUCUGUGCACACCUUUGGCGCCGAUGGUUGCAUCAACAGCACCAACAUGCUCAUCUCCGGCGGCGGUCUCAACCACGGCUUGGACUUGACCCCCGAUGGCAAGACUCUCUACGCUUCCUCGGAGACGACGCUCUACAGCUGGGCGUACGAUCCUCUCACUCGCAAGGUCAGCAACCAGAAGACGAUUGUCAAGGGCAUGUCGACGGGUGUACACUCGUCUCGUGCCGUCAAGGUUGUACCAGGUCAGCCGAACCUGGUCCUACUGCAAGUGGGCAGCAACUCCAACUUCGACAUGGCUGCACAAGAGCCGUCAACUGGUCGUGCUUGCAUCAAGGUCUUUGAUACGAACAAUGUUCCCUCGGGUGGCUACAACUAUAACACGCAGGGAGAGAUGUUUGGGUACGGCUUGAGGAACGAGAUCGGCUUUGUCCCUGAUCCCAACGGUGUCUUUUGGGGCGUUGAGAACAGCGGUGAUGACUUCAUCCGCACCGAAAACGGCCAACGCAAAGACAUUCACACCAACAACCCAGCCGAGAAGCUCAACAACCUCGGCGACCCCCGCACCGUCCGCAGCGCCUGGUACGGAUACCCAACCUGCUUCUCAGUCUGGGACCCCUCCCCCUUCACCAACGGUCUCAAAACCGGCCAACACUUCGUCACAGCUCCCAACUCCUCCUACAACGACGCCACCUGCAACGGCAAAGCCAUUGCCCCCCGGCUCACCUUCCAAGCCCACUCCGCUCCCAUCUGGAACACCUUCGACGACGAGGCCAAGAACAUGUACAUCACCUUCCACGGGUCGUGGAACCGGCAGCCGUCUACGGGAUUUAAAGUCGUGCAGGUGCCCUUCACGAGGUUGGCGGAUGGGAGUUAUGAUCCUGUUGCUCCCGCAGAUAGUAGGACGGGGUAUACGGAUAUCUUUUCAGCGCCAAAUCCGGGGAGUUGCACGGCGAAUGGAUUGACGCAGAGUAACUGCUUUAGGUUGACGGCUGCUAGUUGGGAUCCAGCGGGACGGGGACUGUUUGUGGGGAGCGAUAAUAGUGCUGAGGGGGAGAUUUAUAUCUUGAGUCCGAAGUCGUGA